AGGCUGCGAGAUGGCCAACACCAGCAGUGUUCUAGGGGAUAAGUAUCGGUCUCAUAUCCACGGCGAGGACGAGAAAGAUACAGAAUGGACAUUCGGCGCACCCCCCAACUACGAUGUCGUCAACAAGCUCUUCGAGGAAGGCCGGACGAAGGUAUGGGAAGCAGGGUCCUUGGAAGAGAGAGUGCAGCAUAUGGUGAAGACGUGGGAAAUGGAGAUGUUCAACAAGAAGAAGUUUGAAGACUACAAAACUUUGGAUCCGGACAACUACACCUUCAGCCUAAACGGGCGGAAGCCACUAACGCUGGAAGAAAAGCGAAGAUUAGGAGGUGGAUACAACUCGCUGCUGCAGACAUCACUGCCACAGAGGCUACGAGGCUACGACCCCGCGAAGGAGACGAUGGAGUCGGCCCAUGCUGCCUUCACGACUGCGUUUCCUCGGGGAUUCGCUUUGGAAGUGCUCCAGGUCUACAGCGGGCCGCCGUCGAUAGUGUUCAAGUUCAGGCACUGGGGAUUCAUGGAGGGGCCUUUCCAAGGCCACGCUCCGACAGGGGAAAUGGUGGAGUUAUUCGGGAUGGCAGUGUACCAAGUGGAUGAGAAGAUGAAAAUUGUGAAGGUGGAGUUCUUCUACGAUCGAGGCGAGCUACUGGGUCUUCUGCUAAAUGGCGGCGGCGGCGCGAGCGCAGAGAACUCGUCGUUGACUUCUUCAAGUUGCCCGUUCUUGAAGAACGCUUAGGACUCUGCUGAGAUUGCUAUAAUUAUAAAUAAGUUUAUGAUUGUAAGAAUCAUGCUUGAUGUUUCCAGCCUACAACUUGAAUUUAACGUCAUGGAAUAAUCCGAAGAACCACCUCGUUUUCACCGUAAUCCACACUCUUCUCCUGCCGUUAACAAUUAAAAAUACGAUUUGCAAUGGAGCUAAAAACUUGUUUCUUCUCCUCUCUUGCACUCGUGUAUUCCGCCAUGGAGGAAAAGGCCUUCGUCCACUCCAUCCCCGGCGCCGGCCGAUUGCUCCCUUCUGCCAGCCGCUGGAGCUCCAUAGAAGUCGACUUCGGAUUGUUCCCGGCCUCGUCGAACCCGAACGAAGGCACCCCGCUGGUGGCCUACUCCAAAUCCUACACUUUUAAGCUCGCCAUCAACGACAAAUCCCACCUAAAGCGCUUCCUCUACAUCUUCAUCUCCAUGAUUCUCAUCGCGACUGCAGUCGCUCUCCUGGUGACUUUCCUCCCUCGCAAACGCGCUGCCGGUGGCUCCUUAACCGGGCUUCCGCUCGCACUCGACAAUGCUCUUCUCUUCUUCGACGCACAAAAAUCUGGGAUUCUUCCGGCUAACAAUCCGGUGAACUUUCGGGGGAAUUCGGGUCUGCGAGACGGAGAUGAUCAAAGCAAUACUAAUUUAGUCGGAGGAUUCUACGAUUCAGGCAGCAACAUCAAGUUCAGCUUCACCACGGCUUACACCGUCACUCUUCUGAGUUGGUCAGUGAUCGAGUAUAGUCCCAAGUAUGCCGCCAUUCGUGAGCUCGAACACGUCAAGGACAUCAUCAAGUGGGGAAGCGACUACUUGCUUAAGCUCCUCCAGUCGAACUCGAGCUCCGAUUCAGGCUACUUGUUCUCUCAGGUUGGGAGUGGAAACCUCGAUGCCCAAUUCGACAAUGAUGCCACAUGCUGGCAGAGGCCUGAAGACAUGAGUUAUCGGAGACCGGUGUUCAAGUGUUCGAUGUCUGCCUCAGAUCUUGCAGGGGAGAUGAUUGCAGCAAUGGCAGCAGCUUCCAUAGUUUUCGAUCAAGAUGAUGCCUCCUACUCGGCGACCUUAGUUCAUACUUCCGAAAUGGUAUACGACUUAGCCACCAAGAAUCUCAUCCAUGGGAGUUAUGCCAGGGACAAAGAUUGUGGAUUCGAAGCCGCGAUGUUGUACAAUUCCACCAGCUACAAGGAUGAACUGGUCUGGGGAGCAACAUGGCUGUUCUUUGCCACAGGGAACUCCAGCUACCUUGACUAUGCCACGGGAAACUUCGAAGCGGCAGUGGAAGAAGUAGUGCCCUCCGAUGAAGGGGUUUUCUACUGGAACAAUAAAGUUGCAGCUAAUGCAGUUUUGCUAACAAGGCUGAGAUAUCUACAUGAUCCCGGGUAUCCUUAUCAGCCGACACUAAAGAAUAGCUCUGAUAUGGCAAACUUGAUGAUGUGCUUCUACCUUUCAAUGCCAAAGAAGUUCAGUGUGACUGCAAAUGGCUUGAUCUUCUUCCAGCCUAAUCAAAGUGCACCACUCCAGUUUGCUGCAACUGCUGCCUUCUUGAGCAAAAUCUACAGCGACUAUCUCGACGUCCUUCAAAUCAGGAGCGGCAACUGCGAUGCCGAGUCAUUCUCGCUGGAAAUGUUGCAGAAUUUUGCUAGAACUCAGGUCGAUUAUAUACUCGGGGAAAAUCCAAUGAAGAUGAGCUAUUUGGUUGGGUUUGGGGACACUUAUCCUGAGCACGUCCACCACAGAGCUGCAUCGAUCCCUUGGGAUGGCCACAAGUACAGUUGUUCAGAGGGCAGAACUAGAUGGAGAGACAGGAAGGAACCCAAUCCAAAUAUCCUGGUAGGGGCCAUGGUGGCUGGUCCAGAUCAUGAUGAAGGAUUUCUGGACAUAAGGAAUAGGUAUGAAUAUACUGAGCCAUCCAUCUCAGGCAAUGCUGGACUGGUUGCGGCGCUCAUCGCACUUAUAGACACCCAUGAGCCUUCCAUUGGCAUGGAAAGGGACAAAAUCUUUGCUCGCAUUUCCAAGUUUUGAUUUCUUGUUUCCAUUGUAAUGGUUUAGAGUAUGGGAUCGAUAAGGAGAGGAUUUGCACCUAGUCUUUGGCAACUAAGCUACUCUAUUUGGUAUUUCUUCGUGGAGAAUUAGAAGAACUAAUUUAUAUGAAAU